UUCUCUCUCUUACUUCCUCUGUAACAGCCAUGGCGUUCGGGGUUCGAAACCCUAAGCUUCUCUCUCUGAUCCUCCUCAUCUCCGUUCUCGCUAGCGCAUCCGCGAAAGUGUUCUUCGAAGAGCGCUUUGAUGAUGGAUGGGAGAGCCAGUGGGUUAAAUCUGACUGGAAGAAAGAUGAGAACAUGGCUGGGGAGUGGAAUUACACCUCCGGUAAGUGGCAUGGGGACGCCAAUGACAAAGGUAUUCAGACAAGUGAAGAUUACAGAUUCUACGCCAUUUCAGCUGAGUUCCCUGAAUUCAGCAACAAGGAUAACACACUAGUUUUCCAAUUCUCCGUUAAGCAUGAGCAGAAGCUUGAUUGUGGUGGUGGGUACAUGAAGUUACUCAGUGGUGAAUUAGAUCAGAAGAAAUUUGGCGGUGAUACACAAUACAGCAUCAUGUUUGGACCAGAUAUC